AUGUCACCAUAUAUGCUUGCACGCCGGGCACUGGGGCUCCUCCUCCAGGCCGUCGUGGCGCAAGCCAAACUGCCCCUCGCGACGAACAAGCCGGAAGCUGAAUUAAAGAACAGCAAGGAAGUUACUUUUGACCCCCUUGGUGUUGCCGCUAUCCUACACAAUCCACGCGCCCAUAGGAGCGCCGCCAGGCUAUACACUCAGCCGUACGGGUCCGCUUUGACUUGGCCACACUUUAUGAUGUUUGGGGCAACAUUGAUCCCUCUUCAGGUGCUAGUCGCACACCUCGACCGGGGCUCCAAUAAUAUCCAUCCUGCUGUGGCUAGUUUAUGUCUAGGAGGGACGACGCAGCUGCCGAUAGUGUCGGAUACACGCUUGCGUGAAUUAUCGCUUGAUGUCAGCAAUAGCUGGUUACGCGACGCGAUCGGUUUCAAAGCGUCGCUGCAUGCAUUGAACGACAUUAUGAUUGUUAAUAUCCCACCGGCACAUCCAGAAGGGUCGGUUGGCGGUGUCGAAAACAGAAACGCACACCGUCUAAUCCUCGGCAUACUAUCCCUCCUAACGGGGCUCAUGUUCACCGGUGUAGUCGUCGCUGCAAUUCUCGUGCUUGAUCUCUGGGCCUUGGCCCUUUUCUUCUUUUACGGACUGCACUGGCUGGCCGGCGUUGGGAUUUCAAUAGUAGCACCCCUCUACCGAAGCCGAGACCGUGUCAUGCCCGACCGAAGCCCUCGCAGCGCCAUCAUCGAGCGACCCAUGGGAGGCCUAGUCGUCCUGCGGGGAACCCAAGAAACAUUCGAAAUCUGGGCGCGCUCAAACUGGGACUUUCAGAGGUCCCUGCUAAACAACUGUCUCCACUGGUCAUGGAUCUCAACUGGGGCCAUCGCGGCCAUUUGCUCUGUCGCGUGUAUGGUCAACAUGCGUGGGUACAUCCAGUUGGCGUUUUUAGGUCUCUUGUUGUGCUCCUCGUUAGCGGAGAUAGUGGCCUCUCGUUUCUACAGCCAGCUGGAUACCGAGGUGUUUAACGCUAGCACCUGUCUCCUGUUGGAGAGUACCACGAGGAUACAGGCAAUUGUCCGAGCGACGGUGGAGAUCGAUGCCGCGUAUCGGUUGCACGGGAUCAACUGGAUAGAGUUGGGACUACUGCCUCCGCUUGGGACAUUCCAGGGAAUGGUAUCGCUGCUUGCUCAGGUAAAUACCUUCCAGGAUAGGGUUGAAGCAGGGGAGGAGACAGUGCCAGCACAGGGACCGGUGCAUCACAAGAGCGUGGAAGGGGCAUUUCAGCAGUUCACCGAGGGGGUAGAGAGCUCGCAUCAAACCCUAGCGAACCGUAUCCUCCAUGACGUGCAAACGUCGCUAGAAGUGUGGUGGGAACGCGAAAAGCGCAGGCAUUAG